AUGGAGGUCUCUACCUUUGGAGCAGCCUCCAGGUUCCACAUCGACUCCCUGCUUUCCCUCAGGCCGCCCAGGUCGCUCCACACCCAGACGGACCCUCCAGAGCUCAGCCCAGGUAGCAGCAGCGGCUGCUCUGCACCUCCUUCCCCGCGUAGAGAGUCCGUCCCUCGGCUGGAGUCUGCUCUGCAGCCCGGCCAUCUGCAGCCUCGUAGCGUCAACUCUUCUUUUCUGAUUCGGGAUAUUUUAGCGGACUGUCAGACCUAUUCUGACACGGUGCAGGUGUACUCUGAGACAGGACAGCUAUAUGCAGACCCUGGACAGUCUGAGCUAGAACCCGAACCGUUUCAGUCCGGGCCGGAAGAAGACUUUCAGGAUAAAACACAGGGCGGGACCUCGGACCUUGCGGCGUGUCGUCUUAAGAAACCCCGUAAGGCUCGGACUGCGUUCAGCGACCAGCAGCUGUCCCGACUGGAGAGAAGCUUCCAGAAACAGAAAUACCUGAGCGUCCAGGACCGUAUGGAGCUGGCUGCGUCACUACAGCUGAGCGACACGCAGGUCAAGACCUGGUACCAGAACAGGAGAACAAAGUGGAAGCGUCAGUCAGCGGUUGGUUUGGAGCUUCUGGCUGAAGCUGGCAGGAUGUUUCUGCCCCCUCACUUCCUGUACCCUCCUGCCCCACCAGCAAUGGACAUGUACCUGUACAGAAACCACACUCACCAACACCCCUUGGCUCCGCCGCUGCUGCCACGUGUCCCACACUGAGCCACAUACCCGCUGACAGCUGAGAGGACUGGUUCCUUCUGGUAGAUUUACAAUUACUGACUACAGGAACUGUAUGAAACAUCUUAUUGUUGGUCAUGAGUUCUGCUCAGGAAGUGACUAAGCCCAAGAUAAGGAGGCAAUGAUUUCCAUCGACAAGAUGUAACAGCGACCAAAUGUUGGACAGCUUUAAAAAAGGAAAAACAUAUUGUUGGACAAAAUGAGACCAGAAGCUGAAGAUUUCUGCAGCACACAGCUAAACAAACAGGGAGAACGUUUAACAUAUGUCAGUUUCUUUCAUUAAUAGUAACUGUUAUAUAUCAGUGACACAAAGGCUACAGAAAUGUGAACAGUCAAUAAGUGUAGAUGGACUGUAUAAGAAGUGGAGGUAGAAUCUGUGUAUGACUGUGAAGCCAGUGCCUGUAACCUGCUCUCUCACAAUAAUUGAUUCUCUGAUAACAUUAUUCUUAAUUCUUCAAAUUGAGAGCACGUCCCAAUUUACAGCACAGUCCAUUUUACCAACCUGGUGUUGCCACACAUUUUGACCAAUAAAGGCAGGUCUCAAUUAGAGGCCCAUGGGUCAGCAGAGCACCCUUUAGUGAUUAUAUUAACAGGGGUUUCUUUCUCUGUGAUCCAGAGAGCAGCAGGUCGACAGAGA